GGGUAGUAGUCCGCUUUGCGCUAUUCGCGCCACAGUCGUCAGUACUCGGCACUCUCCACUCGUGACUAGUUCGACUCAGUCUCACCCUCCUUCCCCUUCUCUCUUUCCCCCCUCUGCCCCUUGGGUUUUCGCCUGACGACGCUGCUCUCUCGGGCAUUUCGCCGGAAACCGACGCCGCGCGAGGACAGAGUUUUGUUACGUGUACACAUCGCUCUAUCUUUUCCACCGUUUAUAAGAAGACCACUCAGGCAUCUUGCCCAACGCAUCUAUUCACCAUGAGCAGCAAAGAAAACAACGAGGUCGCCGUAGAGAAGGUGACUGAGAACGACAAGGCUUCCGGAGACGCGAAGUGUGAGAUCAAAGGAAUGAAGAGGCCGGCCGAGGAGAAGAACGACGAAACGAAGAAACAAAAGAAGGAAGAAAAUGGUGAUGGAGAAGUAGAAGAGGAGGACAUUGAAGAAGUCGAAGAAGAGGAAGAAGUUGACGGUGAUGGGGAAGAAGACGAUGAAGAUGACGAUAUACCAGAAGGUGAAGAAGACAUAGAAGAGGGCGAAGAUGAAGAGGAAGAUGAUGCAGAAGGUGAAGUAGAGGGGGAAGUAGAAGACGAUGAGGAAGACGCAUAAUGAAAAAGGGAAAGGAGUAUGUAAGUAAGAAGGGAGGUAGGCACAUGGCAUCGUCGUCGAUCUUCGGCAGGUCUUCUCAGCAAACACUUACUCUCAUAUUGAGUGGUUGGUAGCAAUGUUGAUUAUCCAUCGUGCCCGAACCCUAUUGCCUCCCGACCUACAAGUAAAGAUUACCACCUCACCGGAGUUGUGGUGGGCUGACACACAUUAGAGGCAGCCGCAAUUCUACUGUCUUGGCUCUUCGCAAUUCUGGUCGUCUAGCCAUCACCAAAUACUGUAAGGUAGUUUGAAUGAAAACAAUAUAUUUGUCGUGAGGAAUAGUGAACGUCGAUUUCGUUUAAUACCCAAGUCGUAAUCGUAACGUUUUAUACAUUGCCAUUGUACGUAUUCCUAUGCCGGAUAUAUCGUUUUACCCAAACCACCUUACUAACUGGUAUUUGCCGUCAUCUGGCUUUCUUCGCGGGACAGUUUUAUAACGAAAACUUAUUUAAGAUAUAAAAAAAAGCUCUAUUGUAUUUAAAUAGUGUAAAAUGAACAAUUGUGGGUGAUGAUUUUUUUUUACAUUUGAAAUCAAAUUUACGUUUGUAGUUCGACGAAUGUCUCUCACCUUGUGCGCAUGAUCGAUUUUUUCUUUUUUGACCUAUAACGUGUAUUUGCAAUGACUGCAGGAGCGCGAGCAGUUUAACGAAAAAGAAAAAUAAGAGAUAAAAUGAAUGAAGUGAUGCGUAAGGCAACAAAAAUAGCAAAUAAAUUCAUAUAAAAAAAAAGAAAGAAAACAGGAAGGACAUCUCUCGACAUUCGAUGUACACUAAAAAAGAGUUUUAAUAGUCUUAAAAAUUCUGCUGCAUGCUCCUGUUCGAUCUAAGAUAACAGGAAUUUAAAGUUAAUAUAACGCGCUCGCGCCAGCUAGUGUGGAUGAGUAAUGUGUGACUUUAACAUUGCAUAAUAAUUAUACAUAGUAUGUAUAAAGUUAUGGAAUAAGAAACAUUUUAUUAUUAAUGAUAUAAUAUUAUGUAACGUAAUGUAAUGUGGAGAGGUUGUUACACUUUAGGCUUGGUGUAUAGAGUGGGGAGAGAAUUUUUGGUACAGACACAAAUAUUACAGAAUAUUAUUUUUUAGUUUUUUCAAGCAACUAUUUCAUUUAUUUAACACAUAAAUUUAUGUGGUCAAGUGAUAAUUUUAAAAUAAAUUAUAUAGGAGAUUCCAAAAACAUCAUUAAUAAUAUAUAUACAUACAUAUAUAUAUAUAUAUAUAUAUAAAAGAAGAAAUCAAUGACUCUCCCUAUUCGACUGCUCUCGUCCGAGCGUAAUUCAUUUGAUUUUAUGUACUGUGGUUUUAUUUUAAUUUCAUUAUCAUGGACAGCACGUAGCAAUGAUUUGUUGAUUGUCACAGAACGAGUGUCAGUAUUUCUUUACUACAAUUCCCCUUGUAUAUGGUGAUCAAUGUCUUAUUAAUGACAUACCCCACAGAACUCUAAUCCCUGUUUGAUCAUUUUUAAUACAUUAACAAUACGAUUCAUUGGUUAGCAAUCAAUUGAAAGAUACUCCUCGUGCUAGAGUCGAUGGAUCGUUGUAAAUGAUAUGUCCAUGAUGUACCACUUAGUUUGGGAGAUUGGUAGACAAAACAAAAGGGUGAAGAGACAUUGCGGUUACGAUACCAUUGUACCAUAGCUGCAUAAUAAAUAAAGGUAACGAUAAUUUGAAUGCGAGACGAUGUCCCACGUUUUAAUGUACAAAUAUUUUCGAAUGAGAUAGUUAAAUAAAACGCAGUUAGAUCAGAGAAAAUGAUUCGUUCUCGUAAGUAGUAAUGGGUUUAAUAUCCGAAGACAAAUUAACAGUAAUGGCAGUAUUAAAAGAAGAUAAAAAAAAAAAAGUAAAACUGCUAUUCGUGGACUGAAUCCCUGCUACAGAUUGAAUCCGAGGAGAUGGCGUGGACUGUGUGCGUAACACGUGUUUAUAUACAAUAAACUCAAUUUAUUCGAUAUUGCGAUGACAAAUAAGCGAAUAAGAAAAUCCGUGAAUACCGUAAAUUAUAUAUGUAAGAGAAGGUAUAAUAAUAUAUAAGAAUUAUUGUACUGUGUGUUUACAGACCAUACCAUCUCCAAGAUGACUCUGUUAAUCUACGAUUUUAUACACAAUCUGCUGCUGUAUUUUCACGUGUACACUUCAAGAUAGUACCUUGACGAUCAUUGUUGACAAAGAACUAUCUUAAAGUACAGGUGCCUGAGCAAAAAAUGAGUACUUUAGCGUUCAUAGUAUACAAUAUACAUACACUAUAAGCAUAGGUCCAUUUAAUUUUAUUAAUAAACAAUACCAAGCCCCGUUUGCAACAUGUCCAAAAGAUAUGGAAAUCGACUUGCGUUUUGUACUUUGAGCCAAGAGAUUACGGAACUAUUCUCUGCUCCAGUACUUGACGCGAUUCUGAAAAUUCUUUGCUGGUGCUAACGGGUCUUACAAUCACAAUCAGGCUGAUUGCCCAGAUACCGUUACAUCCCUACGUUUGUUAGGUAAGCAUUAAAGAAAAGUUGGAAAAAAGAAUAAAGGGAAUCUAAGAAUUUUAAUGAAAAUCUGGUGAAUGAAAAAAAAAUGUGUCACGAAGUAAACGUAAACGAAGAAAUCCUAGGCUAAGAAUUUGGUUUGUGUGUUCAUGAGUCUUGUUCAAACUACUUUUGUACAGGAUACCAUUGCAUCAUCACUCUCGACGUAACAGUAAUACCGAUACCACAGACUAUAUUUCUGCCCAUUCCAUCAGAAUUGAACUUUCAUUGUAUUUUUAAGUAAAUACAUUUUGGAAAACAA